AUGGGCGCAGGUAAUUCGAUCGAGGUACCCAUCGUCGAGUCCGGCUACGGCGGCAGGUAUUGGGAAAGGGACUACGACACUUUAUCCAAAAAGUAUUGGGAUGCCCUGGAACACUCGCAAAACCUAAAUAUUCAACUGGGCUCACUCCGCACCGAGCUUCGCAAUCUGAAGGCCGAGCAGCUUGUCGCGGACUACGACAAACUCGACGGAAAAUUGGAGCUGCAGAAAAAAACAAUCUCCGGCUCGCACCUCAAAUGGCACCAAGAAAAGCAGGCCCAUCUGGAGAAGGUGAAACAACUAAAUGCAGAUUUAUUUACGCAUCGCGAAAUCGAGAUUCCGCAUCUGAAAAGACUCCAGGUCACCAAAAAUUCUGACUAUCUCACGCAAAGCUUUAGGCCCAGAAAAGCUUACGCAGUAUCCGGGAAAAAGAAUUAU